AUGGCAAUGGAGUGUGAGCAAGUUCCCAUGGAAGAACAAGUGGCAGACUCUGUAGAAAAUUCAUUUGAAAAUGCAAGAAAUGAAAUGGUUUCCAUGCACACUGAACUUCUCAAUUUGCAGAAAUCACUAAGCGAAUCUUGGGAAUGCAUUCAGAAGCUGAGAUUGGACCUUGUGUUGGAUUUAUCAAGUCCCGAUCUCCUUCUGGCAAACUUAAAAAUCAGCAAAAUCACCGCUUCUCUCAGAAGCAACAUCACAAACACGUCAGAACUUUCGAAGAUUCAAAAUGAAUACUCCCAAACAUUUUCUAAACUUCUCGUUGGCCUCAGCGAAGAGGAGAAGGCCAGCAUAGAUGAUCUGGUGCUGUCUUGCAUCGACAUCGCCGACGAUGGCAUCAUUUCCGCGUUCGCAAUUCCAGUUCUGGCGAAAAAAAGGUUCCUAGAGUGGAAGAAAAAGGACAAAUUCAUAGACGAGAUGAUAAACAAAGUGCACAGCAAAUGCAUGAAUUCAAAAGUAGGUGAUAAAAUUCGUUUGGACAUUUUCACUGAGAAGCUGAUGUCAAUGCUAGAUGACUACCAACUAGCAGACAGGCACGCUGAUUCCCUCAUCAAAUUAGUGCAGUUGUCGUUCGGUGAGGAUGGUGCGGGCCCGGAGAACUGGCCGGUGCAGUCGGUCGGACUCAAUGUCGUCAAUAAGUUUCCUUGGACGUCUAGGCCUGAACAUGUUGUCGAAACGAUGGGCAACGUGAUAAACAGCGUGAAAAAAUACGGAAGCGCCAACAAUGGCACAACACUCGCUACUAACAUCCAACUGUUUAUCUUGCAUGCUUUCUAUCUGGAUAGGCAGAGCAUACAGACACAUUUGAAAGUCUUGGAUGAGGUAACGAAGAUGUUCAACAGAUGUGCGGAUGAAGAUUGGGAUUGUGUUGAGGAACCCGGCAAAACAAACAUUUUCAGAGUGUUUGUUCUUUAUGUUAUGGAGUACUUCAUUCAGGCGGGCUGCCAAACAAAAGCUGAAUUAUUGAAACCAAUGUACAAGAAGGUGGCCAGCCUGAGAGAUUGUGGCGACAAAGAAAUUAUGGCGCUGGCCAGUAAGCUGAUGUCAGAUGUGGCUGACGUGUUGAUGGAGGAGGAGAACGUGACUGACAUGUUGGAGUUGUAUUUGGACGGCAAGAUGGAUGGAUUGGGACACAAGUUGAAGGAUAUGUACCUGAAUGAUGCUACACCCUUCUUCCCUCUCCUUUCGCGUUUUUCCUACCUCCUCCAGUCAGCGGCGAACGACAGCAUCUCGUCCACACUCAUCCUUUUUUUCACCGAAGUCGCCAAAUCAAAUCCUGAAAAACUGCCUGAUGACCUAUGCGAUAACGUCGUGAAGUUUUUGACUCACCAGUGGUACUACAGCCUAGCACUCAUGCUCCUGGAUACCGUGGCGGUCACGUGUCGUAGGGAUGACGUCAUUAAACACGAGGAGAAGAUCUUGCAGUGUGGGGUCAAAGUUGAGAAUGCAGCUGCUCUCGUGGCUAACAUGCUGCCUAAACUUGCCGUUGAUGAGGAGAAAAGUGAGAAGUACCUGCAGUACAUGUCUGAUAGAUGUCGUGCCAACAUGAACUCUCUGUACGUAGGUUCCUUCGUUAACAGCAUGCGAAUGAUAGGCUCCACACAUCCACAUCUAUUUGCUAAACAUAAGGAUUUGUUGCUGGAUAUCAUGAAGCACAAUGCUACUCACAAGGAUCUUUGUCAGGCUGCUGUCAAUGUCAUCGAAGGAAAGAGCUUAGAAACAGUGUUUGAAAACAUCAACGAAACAAAAUCAACGGUGAAAGAGAUUUCUGAGAAUGUCAAACAAACUGAAAAAAAUGUUAAAAAGUUGGAGACACGAACGAGCGAGAACGAAAAAAGUGUGAAGAACAUCAAGAGCAGGGUUCAACAAAACGAAACUAACAUCAAAGAAUUGAAGACGACUGUUGUUGAAACGAAAGUGAAAGUUGAGGAAAUUGAUCACAAGACAUUAAGCCACGCUCCGACUUGGUCUCGAGAUGUAAGCAAGCUAAUGAAUCAAGCAGGAGAUAAGGAUUGGCGAUUGUUCUGCCGUCGCCUUGGUUACAGCAAUGAUGACGUCAAGAAGUUUGCCACCCAAUCAGAUCCUUGCAUGUCGUUGUUGGAUGAUUGGUUCGCUUGCCACACGACUCGUGAGGCGACGCACGCUGUGAUGAGAGAACUGAAGGAGAUGGGACGCAUGGACGCCUACGCUGUCGUCGAAAGGGUUGUUCUAAAUGCAGAGGAGGUGGCGGGUAAGGAUGAAGAUGAAGAAGAGGCAUCAGUACAGCCUGUGGUCUUCCUCAGUUAUCAGUGGGACAAGCAAGACGAGGUUAAGUUACUGAAACGACACCUGGAGAUGAGCGGCUAUCCAUGUUGGAUGGACGUUGGUCAAAUGGGAGGUGGAGACAAACUCUUCCAGAAAAUAGACCAGGGCAUGAGAAAGGUGAAGGUCGUUGUAUGCUGCAUAACGCAGAAGUAUGCCGAGUCUCCCAACUGUAACAGAGAGGUGAACUUAGCACUGAAUUUGAACAAGACGAUGAUACCACUCCUGAUGGACAAGAUGGAGUGGCCGCCGAGAGGUGGCAUGGGUCCUAUUUUCGGAGAAUUUCUUUUCAUCAGAUUUUAUAAGAGAGAUAAAGACGAAAUAAUGGACGGAACAUACUGGCCUAGCUCGAUGUUCACCCAACUCCUUUUUCAGAUAAGGUACCAAGUGGCCCCUCUGGAAAGUCUCAUUACUGAAGAUUCCUCUUACAAGCAGUGGUGGGUGCCGAAGGAUCAAACAAUGAAAAAUGGUGGUAAGAAAAGUAACUCCAAUUUAUCAGCCAAUCACAUUGAAGAAUCGAAACAGAUCUUCAUAUCGUACCAAUGGGACAAGCAGUCGGAGGUCAAGAAGUUGUACAAUGCACUGACGAGCCAUGGCUACCACUGUUGGCUGGACAUUAUGAUGAUGGGUGGUGGAGUCUCCCUGUACGACAUGAUCGACAAAGGCAUCAGAGGGGCCCAACUCGUCCUCUCGUGCGUUACUAAGAAGUACGCCCUGUCCGCCAACUGCAGGCGAGAAGUGGCGCUUAGUGACGCGAUAAAGAAGCCAAUCAUACCGUUGUUGUUCGAGAAGGAGGCCUGGCCAGCAGAAGGACCAAUGGGAAUGAUCCUCACCCCUCUGCAGUACCUCAAUUUCAACCAAUCACAAAACGCCUGGGAUGAUAACUUUGAGGAGUUGAUAAAGCGCAUUCAUCAAAUAAUACCACCAUCUAACAAUCAACCAAUCAAGUCAGCCGUAACAGCACCACCGACCAAUGAUGUGCACAAUAACAAGCCUUCCACGGCCGCAAAACCAACGUCGGUCAAUAAAAUGAUAGUUCCCAGGAAAUCUUCAACCAAUCAAAAGCCAGCCGAACCUCAAAACAAACUGCCAAAUGAAGCCGCUAACAGUGGCACUGCUUUAAUUACAAAUGCCAAAAAUGCAAAAUCUCCUCCGGUGCCAACGAAACCGGCAAAAAUUAAAAGUGAAUUUCAAUUUAAACAACCCAAAUUGACAAGUUCAAUUAAUACGUCUCCACCGCCAUCAUUGUUGCCAUCUUCAUCAUCGACAUCAUCUACCGCUUUCAAACAUAAAAAAUGACACCUCUUAAUGUUCUUCCAACUUGCCAUCGUAAACAGCAUCAUCAUCCUCAUCAUCAACAUCGUUUAUAUCAUCUCCCUCAUUAUCAUCGUUAUGAUCAAGAGAUAGAUCUACGAACAACGAUCAAUUAAAAGAACUGACAAAGAUAAUUAUUUCAAAAUUGUUGUUUGGCGAAGCAUGCAAUGGCAGAAACACAGAUUUUUAACAUUCUUCAUUAUUUUAUUUCGCCUAAAAUUUAUUUCAAUUUAUCCGAACAAAACAUUUUCAAGCUUUUUCAUUCAUCAGCUUAAUAAUGCUUAAAAGAUGCUUUGAAGUUUUUUGUGUUAGGAAUUGCGUUUAUAGUAGCAGGUGGAUGAUAUUGUUUGUAAUAAAUAUUAUUCUGGACAAUACAACUUGAACAAAAAUUGUAAAUGACAUUUUAAGUGAAGCACGUCUAAA